AUGAAUCGACAGUUUGGUGUGAUAGUAUUCGUGUUACUACUGAAUUUUUGGACCGGGGUGUAUGCCAAACCCAAGGAUAAAGAAAAUGCAGCCAUGGACUACGCUCCCAAGAGGGUCGCCUGUGACCCUCAAAUGGGGAGUCUCUUAAGAGAGGCAAACGCACUGUCUCAUAAUGAAACUUUGUGGUUACAGAAGAGACAGCAAGUGACCGUGCCCGCGAUGCAAGAGUUUCUGUACAGGGCCACUGCCGGUUUCGAAGAUUUCGACCAGGAUGCUUUUUUGGGAGAGAUCUUUAGAGAUACAGAUAAUGUCCCCCGUGUGGGGGUCGCCUUUUCUGGCGGUGGGUAUAGGUCUAUGCUCACCGGUGCUGGUAUCCUAUCUGCCAUGGAUAUAAGGACUAGAAACUCUACGGACCACGGGCUUGGCGGGCUACUGCAGGCGACAACGUACGUCGCUGGGAUAUCCGGCGGUAAUUGGCUUGUCGGAUCUCUUGCGUGGAAUAAUUGGACUUCGGUUCAGUCUGUGGUUGACAACACGCACAAGGAGGACUCCAUAUGGGACCUGGACGACUCCAUCAUUGCACCUGGCGGACUGAAUAUCUUCAAGUCAGCGAGAAGGUGGGAUCAUAUCUCAGAUGCCAUCGAUGCUAAAAGGAAUGCAGGGUUUGAGACUUCACUGACAGAUGUAUGGGGUCGUGCCCUGUCUUACCAUUUUUUCCCAGACUUGAAAAGGGGAGGGAUAGAUUACACGUGGAGUUCACUUAGGGAGAAUGAGGUUUUCAAAGAGGCACAAAUGCCGUUCCCGAUAUCGGUUGCCGAUGGUAGGUAUCCGGGAUCCCGCGUUAUCAACUUAAACGCUACGAUCUUUGAAUUCAACCCGUUUGAAAUGGGGUCCUGGGAUGCGACUUUGAACGCAUUCACGGACGUCAAGUACUUGGGGACAAACGUAUCUGACGGUAUACCUAGAGACAAGGGCAAAUGUGUGGUGAAUUACGAUAACACAGCGUUUGUCAUGGGCACAUCGUCCACUUUAUUCAACCAGUUCCUGUUAAGAAUCAACUCGACCCACCUACCAAGGUUCAUUCGUAAACUGGGUAUUCAUAUUUUGAACGGUAUAUCGCAUGACUUUAACGAUAUCGCGGUAUACCAUCCAAACCCUUUCAAAAACUCCAAUUUUGUCCACUCAGAUUUCACUGUCAGCAUUACAGAGUCAGAUUCUCUCUUUUUGGUCGAUGGUGGUGAAGACGAUGAAAAUAUUCCCUUCGUGCCGUUGAUUCGACAGGACCGUAAAUUGGACAUCAUCUUUGCGGUCGACUCUUCCGCAGACAUGCCUCUACAGUGGCCAGACGGCUCCUCGCUGGUACACACUUACGAGCGGCAAUUUGUCAAGCAAGGUAAAGGUAUGGCAUUCCCUUACGUGCCAGACACGAACACAUUUGUCAACCUGGGUUUGAACAAGAGACCGACUUUUUUUGGUUGCGAUGCCUCAAACUUGACAGACUUGGAAUACGUCCCACCACUGAUUGUCUACUACCCAAACUCUGAACAUUCUUUCAACAGUAACCAAAGCGCCUUCAAAAUGUCCUACACAGAACAGCAGAGGAAGCAGAUGGUUCAAAAUGGCUUUGAGAUAGCCACCCGGAACAAUUUUACCGAUGAUCCAGAUUUCUUAGGGUGUAUCGCAUGUGCCGUCAUGAGAAGGAAACAGGAGUCCCUGGGUUUAAAACUACCAGUGGAAUGCGAAACCUGUUUCAUCAAUUACUGUUGGGACGGGACAUUGGACACAACUGAAUUACCACCGGAGAAACAAGAUCUCCACCACUCAUUCAUCCACGAACAAGGAGAAAACUUUACCGUCGAAGAGGUGGGCGAUGAGAUCGUCAUCAACACCAACCUGCUACAAGAGGGCUCUACGUACUUGAGAGAUUCGAAUUCCAAGAGAGUCCAAAAGCAGUUCACCCCAGGAAUAAAUCUGAAGAUUAUCCUUCUACUGAUUUGCAUACUGACCUUCCUGGUCAGCCUCGUGUAG